AUGGGAAUUCUUCGAAAAGAUCCGAUUAUCUUUGUGAUCGGAUGCACUGGAACUGGAAAAUCGGAUUUGGGAGUGGCGAUUGCGAAAAAUUAUGGGGGAGAGAUUGUUAGUGUCGAUUCGAUGCAGCUUUAUAAAGGUGGGCCAUAUUUUUCACUGUUUCAAAAAAUUGGGAAAUGUUUUUGCUUCUUCAUAAUCACAAAAUUUCGCUGUUUCAAGAAUUUUACAAGUUUUUCCGGUAAACAAGUUUACAUCAGCUCCCAUGUUUGCGAAAAAAUUGGAAAUGUAUACUAAAAAAAUUCACUGUUUCAAGAUUCUGCUAAAUAAAAUUGGGGAAUUAUGAACGGUGCUUAUUUGAAAUUUUUAGCUUCUGAAUUUUAAUGAAUAUCCCAAAUUUAUUUUUUUCGGGAGAAAUUGUUCACCAGAAUUCACUGUUUCAAAAAAAAAAUUUUCGCAUGAAAACAAUCUAAAAAUUAUAAUUUUGAUCCCAAAAAAUCUAUUUUGAAGCUCAAAAUUUUGAACAGAAAAAACUCACUGUUUCAACAUUUUGAUGUAUAAAUUGGGGAAUUACGAGAACGAUGAGACGGUACCUCAGCUAAAAAAAUAAUUUCAAAUCUUUUUCUAACAAUUAUACAUUUUGGAGCUUAACUGUAAUUAAAAUCCACAAAUCUUCACUGUUUCAAGCUUAAGAUUUGACAAAAACGUUAAUUUUUGCAACAGUUCAUCACUGAAAUGUUCACAAAAAAGUCACUGUUUCAAAAAAUUGGGAAAUCUAUUUUUCUAAAUUUUGAAGGUGAUAAUUCCAUUUUUUUGCUGCAUUUCAAAGUGGUUCAAAAAGUUGGUAAAAAAAAUUAAUAAUAAUUUUCUACAAGUUGAUUUCUAACCCAGGAAAUCUGAAAAAUCUCAGAAAAAUUUCACUGUUUUAAAAUUUUGCCAAAUAAAAUUUUGGAAUUUUGAAAGAUAUUUAGAGAGUGCUCUUAUUUUUAUCGAAAAUCAGAAUUUUAAGAAUUUUGGAGCUUGAAAAAAUCCACCACUCAUUCAAAAUUUUCAAAAUUUUCGUAAAAAAUUUUCACUGUUUCAAGAUUUAGCUUUAAAAAAUUGGGGAAUUUGAAAGAUAUUAGGUGUAAUGGUUUUUUGGAUCAAAAAUUAGAAUAUAAAUUUUUUUCUGGAGCUCUUGAAGUUUAGCACUUCAAUUUCUAAUAUUCUAGGCCUCGACAUCGCCACCAACAAAAUCACAUCCGAAGAGACCGAAGGAAUUCCCCACCAUAUGAUGUCAAUAUUGCAACCUUUCUCCAAAACCCGCUACAAUGUUCAUUUGUUCCGUCAACAAGUCUUGGAAAUUUGUCAGCAAAUUCGGGAACGCCGGAAAAUUCCGAUUUUGGUCGGCGGAACCACUUAUUAUGCCGAGAGUAUUUUGUAUGAGAAUAAUAUUAUUGAGACGGGAAAUGUUGGUGAGGAUUUUUUUGAAAUUUUUGGAAAAAAUUGAUUUUCUGACACAGAAUCGAUUAAAAUAGCCCAUUGCUCAUAUUAAUCCAAAAAAAUAUUUUUUUGGCUGGCUAAAUUUUUUGGCAUAACUAAAGUUGAUUGUGAGCUUAUACAAUUCGAAAAAAAAAUUUCAAAAAAUUUACUGUUUCAAAUAUUCCAUGUAAAAUUUCACUGUUUUUGCAUAAUUUGUUGGGAUUCCUAUUGAAUGAAUGAAGGCCACGUCAUAACUCAUAGAGUUCAACUUAUAAAAUUUGAAAAAAAAAUUUCAAAAAAUUUACUGUUUCAAAUUUUCCAUAUAAAUUUCACUGUUUUUGAAUAAUUUGCUUUUCAUAAUCUACCUUUUGCUAGUAAAUUUGAAAUUCGAAAAUCUGGCGCCAAAAAAAUCCACGUAUUUUCAAAAAGAUACAAUUCAAAAAAAAUUUACUGUUUCAAAAUUUUCAUAUCAAAUUUCUACUGUUUUUGAAUAAUUUGUUGGGAUUCCUAUUGAAUGAAUGAAGGCCACGUCAUAACUCAUAGAGUUCAACUUAUAAAAUUUGAAAAAAAAAUUUCAAAAAAUUUACUGUUUCAAAUUUUCCAUAUAAAUUUUCACUGUUUUGAACAUUUUGCUGAGUGUUUUUCUCAUCAUAUAAAUUCAGAACUAAAAUUUUUUGGGUGCUAAAAAAUCCCACGUGGCAAUUCAAGCCAAAAUUCUAUGAAUUUAAAACCCUGAAAAAAUUACGUUUCAAUUUUUUGUUAGAUAAAUUCGAAACAGUUCUUCAUCAGUAUAUCCUCGAAAAAUUUUCAGGUUCAAGUUCAACUUCAGGAUCAGAUUCUGAACCCGAAAAAGAUCAAGAAUUCGAAGCCGACUCCAGAAUUUCAAACGAAGAUCUAUGGUCAGAAUUAAAUCGAGUUGACCCAGAAACCGCUAGUUUAUUACACAAAAAUAAUCGACAUCGAGUUUGGCGCGCAAUUCAAAUUUAUAAACAAACUGGAAAAAAGAGAAGUGAGAUUAUUUUGCAACAAAAAUCCAACAAAAAUGACGUGGAACUUGGCGGGAAAUUGAGAUUUGAAGAUUCGUUGGUGAUUUAUUUGGAUGCGAAAAAAGAAGUGCUGGAAGAGAGAUUGGAUUCGAGAGUUGAGAAAAUGAUUGGAAUGGGAUUGAAGAAGGAAUUGGUGGAGUUUUAUGAAUUGGUGAGUGAUUUCACUGUUUCAAGCUUGAAAUCUGGAAUUUUUGAUGAAAAAUUGAUGAGAAAUGAUGAAUUUUGAGUCAGAUUGCUUGGAAAUCCUAACAAAUUAUUCAAAAACAUUAGAAAUUUAUAUAAAAAUCUUGAAACAGUAAAAAAUUAUUGGAAUUUUUUCUGAAUUUCGUUUGGAAACACGUGAAAUCUUUUGGCGCCAAAUUUUAGAAUUUCUGAAAUUUACAAGAAUAAACAUUUGUUAAUAGCAAAAUAUUCAAAAACAUUAAAAAUUUAUAGGAAAAUUUUGAAACAGUGAGUUUUUAAAUUAUUUUUGUUUAGAAUUUUGCGAACAUGAGUUAUGACGUGGCGAAUUGAAAUAUUUUCUAAUAGCUGCUAUGAGCAUAUUAUGAGCAAUGGGUUGAUUUCCUGAAAUUUUCGAUUUGACAAAAAUCCACUGUUUCAAAAAUAUUGUAUGAAUUUCCCCGAGAAUUGUUUUCUUAUUAAUGCUACAAAAUUCCAACCUUUUUUUCUAUUUUUUUUUUAAACAGCAAAUUUUUUUUGCUUGAAGUUUCAGUCAAAAUUGAAUUUUUAACCCAGAAACGUGUUUUUUGAACUAAACUUGAAUUUUUAAUUAUUUUAAAAAAUGCCUGAAUUUUUGAUUUUCAGAAUUUUUGAAAAUCUACUGUUUCUAAAGCCUGCAGAGAUUCCAUCACUUUCCAACGAUUUUCUCAGAAAUUCCUAAUUUUUUUUGAAACAGCAAAUUUUUUUUAGUCUUGAAUUUUGAACAGAAACGUGAUUUUUAGACUAAACUUGAAUUUUUCAAAAAGUUUGUAACAUUAUUGAAUUUUUGUGAAAUUUUGAGGCUGGAAAAUUAAUUUCGAAAUGACUAAGAUCAUCCAGAAUGAAAUAUGUAUACUUAAAAAAUUCACUUUUUCAAAAAUAUAUAAUAAUUUUUGCACAUUUUUAAGAGUUAAUAAUGUUAUCGAGAAUCUGUAACAGAAAAAUUCAAAAAAUCGCUCAAAAAUCUACUUUUUCAAAUAAAUAAUAUGUUUUUCACCAUAUUUUUCAUAAUUAUUGAAUUCCCACAUACUUUUAAGCCGUAAACCUGAAUUUUUAAAUUUCAAUCCAAAAUUCGGAUAAAAAUGUACAUUUUGAACUCAGAAACAUGAUUUUCGGACUGAAUUUGAAUUUUUUAGUUACGGAGUUUAUGAUUUUUUUGAAACAGCAAACUUUUUUGACCAAAAAUUAGAGAUUUCCUAUAUUCCUGAAUAUUCAAAUUUAACAGAACAAGCCAAAAAAUUGCUCAAAAAUCUACUGUUUCAAAAAAAUAAUAUGUUUUUUCCAUAGUUUUCAUAAGCAUUCUUAAAUUUCUGAAAAGGCGGAAAAAAAUAUGAUUUUAGACCAAUAAUAAUAGAUCCUGAAAGCUUGAAUUUUCAAUUUUCAGUCAAAAAUUCGGAUAAAAAUGUAGAUUUUGAACCCAGAAAUUUGAUUUUCGGACUGAAUUUGAAUAGUGAAAAAUAAUUCUGUGAAAUAUUUCCAGCACAAAAACCACCUGGACGAAAAUUCAUUUGGAGUUAUGCAAUGUAUUGGUUGGAAAGAAUUUGUGCCCUGGCUGAAACUCGAGGAAAAACGCGAAGAAAACAUGAAAUUAUUCGAAGAAGGUUGUGAAAAAAUGAAAACUCGAACGAAACAAUAUGCAAAACAUCAGAGAUUGUGGUAUUUUUCGAGACUUUUGAAGCGGGCGAAUGGGGAAAGGGUGAGGGAUUUUGGGAAGAGGGAAAUUGGGAAACUUUUUGAUACCAAGUGUUGAAUAUUUUUGUGCAUAAAAUCUGAAAUUUGGACCUAAGAAUACCCUAAUUUUGGGCGUUUAAAUACCUGAAUUUAGAGCACUAAAACACCUAAAUUAGGGUUUAGAAUACCUUAAAUUUAGCUUUAACAGACUUAAUAUUUAGACCUUAAAAUACCUACAAUUUUGUCCUUAAAAUACUUUUUAUUUGAGCCUUAACAGUCUCUACAUUUGGGCCCUAAAGUACCUGAAUUUUGAGUACUAAAACACCUACAUUUAGGCCUUAGAAUAUCUUAAAUUUAGCUUUAACAAAAUUAAUAUUUAGCUCUUAAAAUACAUUUAAUUUGAGCCUUAAAAGACUUUAAAUUUUGACCUUGACAGACCUGAAGAUUUGACCUGAAAAUUCCUUAAACUUGAGCCUUGAAGCUCCUAAAAUCUGAGCUUUAAAAUACCUUAGAUUGAGGCCUUAAAACCUUAAAUUUGAACGUUAAAAUACCUAAAUUAAGAGCCUUAAAGAUCUCAAAUUCGGACCUUAAAGAUGAAGUUUUGGAUUUAAAAUGAGCAAUACCGGAAAUUACUAACCUCAGAAAAAAUUUCCAAAAAAAAAUACGUUUAAAAAUUUCCACAAAUUUUUCACUGUUUCGGAAUUUUCUGAUUCUCGAUCGUGUUUCGAAAGAAAAAAAUAUGAAUACAAAUUUUCUGUGGAUUUUUGGAGCCAAAUUUCAAUUUUCAAAUUUUUUUUUCAGAAAAUGGCGAGCACAAAAAUGCUGGACACGUCCGAAAAAUCACGAAUCAUUUCCGACGGCCUAAAAAUUGUUGAUGAAUGGAUGUUGGGCAAUGAUUUACAUGAAGAUGUUAAUAUGAGCAAUGAGCAAAAUAUUGGCGAACAUUUGCAUAGGUUUAUCGAAUGUGAGAUUUGUGAGAUGAGAGUUCAGGGAUCGGUUAAUUGGUGAGAUUUUCGAGACAAAUUUUGAUAAAUAAAAAAUGGUUUUCAGGAAACUUCACUUGGCUGGGAAGACGCAUAAACAUCAUUUGAAAAUGCGUAAAAAAUUGGCUGAAAAUGUUGAAAAUCAAUAA